UCUCAUUUCAUGUAUCCGCACUACAUCUCAUUUUGCGUGUAUUGGGGCUGAUGAAGAAGAGCUUCUCUAGCUAAAAAAAGCCCUUUUUUGUACGAUACGGAUUGGAUUUGAUUCGGGCUAACUUCAUGCAUCAGCCUUCCGUUUCCCAUCUCGGUGCGGAGAGUUAAAAGGUAAAGUUGAUAUCAUCUGGAAUCCAGUGGAAAGAAAUGGUCACCCUGUUCGAACAGCAGUGAGUAUUUCUCGCGCAUUGUUGAAUCAGUCGUCAGCGACAACCGGGUCUGAGGUUUUCGUCUUCCUCGAGAUUUCUCGAUUUGGUUAUUGUCCGGAUUUACGAUCCGUGUUUGUAUUGGAACUGCAUUCGGUAAUCUCCGCUCACUGCUCUAAAGUUUUUCGCUUUUUUUUUUGUCCGUUAAGUGUUCGAUGAAUGGUUGCUUGAACUGGAGCGCGGCUGUUUGAAUUGUUCGACGAGUGAGGAAUGUGGAGGGGAGGGAUUUGAUUAAUUUUCAGUUCUGGAUUAUGUGAAAGUUCAAACUUUACUUGAGAAUGGUUGAAUAUUUAAUGCGUCGUCUUAGAAACGGUUAGAUUUUGAUAAUCUUGGAGUGUGAAAUGUCUACUAGCAGUUCAUCUCCAGAUUCUGCACCAUCUCCUGUUCCACCCACGUCUUCUACCCCACUGCAACAACCUAGUUCUCCUUCGCCGGACUCUUCUCCUUCGUCGGACCCUUCUACUUGGCAAGAAAGCACGGCAAGCUCUCCUGCAUCUUUACCGCCACAAUCCCCUUCUUUUAUUAAUUUGACGUCACCUCCUCCGGUCCCAGUAUUAUCGCCCCCAAUGGCUUCGCCUUCUCCACCUGCAACGUCCACACCACCGCCUACCAGUCCUCCACCUUCAACCUCAAAUCCACCGCCUGCGUCAUCUGACUUACCACGUCCUGCUAACUCCCCACCUUCGCAGCCUGCCGAUGCUCCGGCUAGUUCACCACCCCCACCACGUUCUGGUCCACCUGCCAGUGCACCACCACCACCGCCAGCAACCCCUUCUGAUCCUCCUCCAAGUUCACCACCACCAUCCCCUUCUGGUCCUCCGCCUAGUUCACCUCCACCACCAACACCACCUUCUGAUCCUCCUGCUAAUACACCGCCUCUGCCACCUUCUGAUCGUCCAGCUACUUCACCCCCACCACCUUCUGAUCGUCCACCUACUUCACCCCCACCACCUUCUGAUCCUCCAGCAGGUUCACCACCACAACCACUGCCACCUCCAUCUAGUCCAUCACCACCUCCGCCCACUGUGGACCCCCCUAAAAAUGGGACUUCUCCACCCCCAAACUCACCUGUUGUCCCACUUCCACCAUCCAAGCCUCCACCACCGCCAUCAUCUAAGCCACCUCAAAGUUCUCCAGUACCUCCAACCCCUGAACUACCUAACAAUUCAACCCCACCUUCACCAUCUACGCCACCUCAGAAUUCUCCUCCAUCUCCUGUAACUAACCCUCCAAGAAAUUCACCUAAUUUGCCCCCUGGAACCCCAAAUAUUGUCCCAUCACCACCUACUCCACCAAGAAAACAACCAGCACCAUUUUUGCCACCACCAUCUCCCUCAUCAAGUGAACCUUCUAACAAUAGUUCUAGUAACAGUGGUGGGGGCAUUGGUACGGGAGGGACUGUAGCUGUUGGCUUGGCCUUUGGUCUUCUAUUGCUUGGUGUUAUUGGAAUAGCAGGGUGGUGCAUAUGGAAGCGUAAGAGAAAGGCUUUGGGACAUAAUGCUGGUUAUAUCUUGCCAACCUCUCUUGGUUCUUCUCCAAAAUCUGAUUCAGCAUUUUUGAAGGUGCAAGCUGUAGCACCUGGUUUACCAGGUGGCUCUGGCAGUGAGUUUGUCAAUUCACCAAGGGAUCACGGCACAUUUGGAAACUCACGGUCAUGGUUUACAUACGAUGAAUUAGAGGAGGCAACUAAUGGUUUUGCAGCACAAAACCUUUUAGGGGAAGGUGGGUUUGGUGCAGUGUACAAAGGAUGGCUAGGAGAUGGUUCAGUGGUGGCAGUAAAACAGUUAAAAAUUGGCGGAGGGCAGGGUGACCGUGAAUUCAGAGCAGAAGUCGAAACCAUAAGCCGUAUUCAUCAUCGCCACUUGGUCACUCUCGUUGGUUAUUGCAUCUCUGAGAACAAAAGACUACUUGUUUAUGAUUAUGUCCCCAAUGACACCCUUCAUUUCCAUCUUCAUGGGAAAGAUAGACCAGUUAUGGACUGGCCAACACGUGUAAAGAUUGCCAUGGGUGCAGCUCGGGGAAUAGCUUAUCUCCACGAAGAUUGCCAUCCACGGAUUAUCCAUAGAGAUAUUAAGUCUUCAAACAUUCUUUUGGAUGAGAACUUUGACGCUAGGGUUUCCGAUUUUGGAUUAGCUAAGUUAGCUCUUGAUGCAAACACACAUGUUACAACACGUGUGAUGGGAACCUUCGGAUACAUGGCUCCUGAAUAUGCAUCAAGCGGAAAGUUGACAGAAAAAUCUGAUGUUUUUUCAUUUGGAGUUGUGCUCUUGGAGCUAAUAACUGGACGCAAGCCUGUUGAUGCAUCUCAGCCUUUAGGGGAGGAGAGCCUGGUUGAAUGGGCUCGUCCUUUGUUGAGUCAUGCUCUUGAAAAUAAGGAGUUUCAGCAGCUAACAGAUCCUGGGCUAGAGAAAAAUUAUGUAGAUAGUGAAAUGUUCAGAAUGGUUGAGGCAGCAGCAGCAUGUAUUCGCCAUUCUUCUGCGAAAAGACCACGCAUGGGACAGGUUGUGAGAGCUUUUGAAAAUAUGGCCAUGUCUGACCUCACAAAUGGGAUGAGAGUUGGUGAAAGUGAAAUAUUCAACUCUGCAGAACAAUCAGCAGAGAUAAGGCUGUUUCGCAGAAUGGCGUUUGGGAGUGGGAACUUUAGUAUAGAUUUUUUUCAGUCACAGUAGCUGAUUCAUCAUGGGGUAAAUAAUUACAGUUUAAUCUGUCAUGACAGUAGAAUGAAACUCGGCUAAAAGGUACAUAUUUUUGUCUGAGAUCUCCUCCGUGGCUGAAGCAGAAAGGCUCUUGCGCUUAGAUCCAUGAUGAAUAGAUCUUGAAAGUAGGAUCUUAUUUUUGUAAGUAGUUUUGUUUUUUGACAUCUUUUGAUGUAUUCAGGUUAUUAUUCUUUUCAGAGACUUUACAUGUAACUAGGUCAAGGCACUGUUAUCCAUACACAAAUUGUUUUAGUUUUAAAAGAUGCUCCCUCCGUCCUGUCUUAUUAUCUGUUUAGUUUUCGGAUUUUAUUUUAAGCUCCUAUGUAUCAGUCUACUUGCUAAACUUUGCUCC